CGAGGGUCAGCCUGACGGUCGUAGUUCCCCCCACGGGCGUGAGUGUGUUCGUGGGCGGCAGCAGUCAGCCCGUAAGCAGCAUGGUGGGGCCUUACCAGGAGGGCACCGUGGUCGAGCUUACCUGUGUCGCUCAUGGAGGUAAACCUCGACCCGCAGUGGUGUGGUAUAAAGACACACUACUACUCGACGACAUUAUGGAAUCUGAACUAUCCGUCGACAACACGACCCUUAUGUACUCUUCCACCGCCGCCACUACGCUCGCUCAGGGGCCCCAAACACCCGAGAACACCUCCAAAGAAGCCGCCACAACGCUCACUCCAGGGCCCACUGACGACGACGGCAGCGAUAACUACGACCGCCACGACUUUCUCGACGAGGAUGACUUCUGAGUCGUUUAACACCCUUCAGCUGGGACCACUCACCCGGCACGACCUCAAGUUGCUCCUCACCUGCGAAGCCUCCAAUUAUAACAGGACACUGCCGACUUCUGCGGUCGUGAUGGUGGAUAUGAAUCUGCCCCCCCUCAGCGUGACGAUCACCUCCCCGCCCCCCUUCCUCCGCGCCGGCCAGGAGUACGAGGUCACGUGCGAGGUCAUCGGGGCGCGACCUCCCCCCACUGUCACGUGGUGGCAGGGGGCGCGUCAGGUGCUGCACGCCGCCCUCGAGACGAGCGAGGACGGGAACCUGACCUCCAGCCACCUGACGCUGACCCCUCGCCCGGAGGACGACGGCAAAGUGCUCAAGUGCGUCGCCGAGAGUUACGUCACGAACACCGUCAUGCACGAUUCAUGGACCAUUACGGUGCAUUACCGCCCCACAGCCACCGCGCGGUUCGGCUCCUCGCUGGACGUCGCGAACAUCAAGGAAGGCGACGACGUCUACUUCGAGUGUGACGUCUAUGCUAAUCCUCAAGCCUCGAGGGUGUCCUGGAGGCUCAAUAACCAGGUGCUCAAUCACAACGUCAGCGCGGGCGUCAUCGUCAGCAACCACGCCCUGGUUCUGCAGCGGGUGGUGAGGGCGUGGGCGGGAUUGUACUCCUGCCACGCCCUCAAUCCUGUUGGGGGCGGAGUAUCGAACACACUUCGGCUCGACGUUAAGUACGCUCCCGUCUGCUCGCCAGGUCAGGUCACGACCUACGCCGUGGGUCGUUACGAGGACGCGGAGGUCACGUGCUCAGUGGACGCCAACCCAGCCCUCACGAAGUUCCAGUGGACGUUCAACAACACGGCAGACAUCAUCGACGUCCCUCAGGGCAGGUUCUCCUCCGACAGCACCGUCUCCGUCAUCACAUACACUCCUAUGACCUCCCUCGACUACGGCACGCUGCUCUGCUGGGCGUACAACUCCAUCGGCACUCAGAGGGUGCCCUGCGUCUUCCACAUCGUGCCAGCAGGCAAGCCAGACCCCCCCAGCAACUGCAGCGUAGGGGGGGCGGGGGGGAGUCGUACCUCGGUCCGGGUCGUCUGCAGCUCAGAGGGCGGCGCCAGUACGUCUUUUCUGCUUCAGGCGAGGGUCGUGGGCGGUUCUCACGCCCUCAACGUGUCCUCGCCUACGCCCGUGUUCAUGGUGGACGGCCUCCGCCCAGGCAGGAAAUAUGACCUCUUCAUCACCGCCCACAACGACAAGGGCGCCAGCACCCCCGCCCAUCUCACCAUCGCCGCCCACGGGUCCGUCUAUCAGCAUCAUGACGGCCCCUCGGAGGCGGAGGUGCGCGACGGCGGCAAGACGGCGGGCGGCGACGAGGGCGCCCCUGGCUACCCGUACCUGCACACCAUGAGCCUGCCGACGCUCCUGCCGGCGGCGCUGGGCGUGGGCGCGGGCCUGGUCAUCAUCAUCAUCAUCCUGAUCCUGCUCAUCACCUUCCGCACUCGCCGCCCGCGCCCGCGCCCCGAGGAGGCGCACCUGCGCUCCCCGAGCGACCACUCGCUCGCCAGCGACCAGAAGUCGCUCUCGGGGCACAGGUCGCCGCCCCCGCCCGCGCCGCAGGAGGGCCUCAGGUCGCCCUCGACGCUGACGCCCGGCGAGGCGGGCGGGCGGGCGUGCCACGACAGGGACAAGCAGGUGGAGACGGAGAGUGACAAGGAGCCCGACGUGAUCCCCCUCCAGGAGGCGUACACCGCCCCCGCCCUCCUCCCAACCACUGUCCUGCCGCCUGUAUGCUACCACUACCCACCCCUCGACGCCCAACCCGCCCGCAUGACGAGUCCUCGCUACGGGCGCCUGGGCGUGGCCGGCUCCGGGGCCCCCGACCACCCCAGGGGACCCCGCGACCCCCUGCGGGACGGCCCAGCACCACCACGCGCACCAGCAGCACCCCUUGCACCAGCUCCGCCAGCAGGACAAGCGGCCUCCUCUCCCGCAGGACAGCCAACACAGUCACCAGCUGUCGUCCUCCCUCCCGCGGGGCGCGCCCCUCCCGCUCCCCGCCACGCCCCCCGCCCCUGUGUGCCGCCACCCCGCCACCCUGGACCCCCACCGCCUGCCCUUCCCGGGCGUCGAGGGCCCCCGCCUCCCGCCCGCACCGGAGGCCGAGAAGGGGGCGGCCCGGAGGCUCCUGUUCAGCAUGGAGUCGAGUCUGUCCGUGUGCGAGGACGACGCCCCCAGCACGCCGCUGCUCAGGAAGAGGGAGAGCUCCGUGUGAGGCGGAGGGCGCGCGCGCGUGCGCCCUAACACACAUGUACAGCUGCAGACAAAGUGACACAGACACGUCGGAACAUGCAAACUUGCAUACAUUGCACAAUAUAUACAUACACACAUACAAGCAU